UUUUAACCGUUAAGCCCUACUAUUUGUCUUUUAUGCAGGUGGACCCCAAAGACUACAUGCUGACAGGCCUCAAAGACGUCACGGCGGGUCGCCUCCCCGGGAAGCUGAACGGUCAACAGUUUGUCAUCCAGGACUGCCACAACUGCGACAUCUACGUGUUCGACCACUCGGCGGCCGUCACCAUUGACGAUUGCGUCAACUGUCGCAUUGUUUUGGGCCCCGUCAAGGGCAGCGUCUUCUUCCGGGACUGCAAGGACAUCCGCUGCGUGGUGGCAUGCCAGCAGUUCCGCACGCGGGACUGUAAAAAGAUGGAGGUGUUCCUGUGCUGCGCCACGCAACCCAUCAUCGAGUCGUCCACCGGCGUGAAGAUGGGCUGCUUUCAAUACUACUACCCCGAGCUGGCCUUCCACUUCAAGGAUGCCGGCCUGAGCAUCUUCAACAACAACUGGAGCAACGUCCACGACUUCACGCCCGUGGCCGGCGAGACCAACUGGAGCCUGCUACCCGAAAGCGCCGCCGUGCUAGAGUCCGUGCCGGCCCCCGGUGCCGACUCGGACUUCAAGGCGGUCCGCAUCUCGGCGGACGCGGCGCGCAGCAUCGUGCCUCUGACCAAAGGAGGCCGGCGCAAGGAUAGCGACGAGUCCUGCCUGUUUGUGUUCUUCGCCGGGGAGUACACCACCGCCAAUGCGCGCAAA